CUUCUUCUCAGGUUCUCAAUCUCUUCAACAGAAUCCAACCCUCGUGGCCAAAGUUCUCUCUUUUCUCCCCACCAACUCUCGAAUUCCAAUCUCUUUCCUCUAAUGGCUGCUUGAGACAAUGCUACGUGCUUGUUCCCGUGUUCCCGGAGUGGCAAAAGCCCGCCGCAAACCCGCCAUCUCUGAACGAAGAAUAGUAUUAUGCAUCACUAGCAUGGCCACUCACACCUCUCUGGUUCUUCUGGUUUCACUGGGAAUUCUCCCACUUUGGAUUCUUCCACAGUUCAUGGCAAAAAAUUCAGCUUUUCUUUUUGUUUUGUAGUGUUAUAUUGUUUGGUUUUAGUGUGUGCUUGCAUGCCUAGAAUAAGCUUUUGAUGAUUAUAUAUUGUGCUGUGUGUAUUGUAAGGCAUAUGUGAAUGAAAAAAAUUUCAUUUUGAAGACUUAGCUUAGUUAAUCAGCACUGCCCUGUCACUUUGAAAUUGACAACCUCUUCUUUUGAUAUAUUUCCUUGUUCGCGGAAAACAUUUCUGUCAAUUUUCUACCUUUUGCUUCUGUUAUUUAUAUUGAUUAUCAUUUCCAAGUAUCUUUGCUUCUGUUAUUUAUUUCUUUCAUGGAUAGUGUUUCUUGUUUUAUAUUCAUGGAAGUGGAGUACCUUGUGCUUCUAAAUUUUCAAUAAUUCGAAACAGCACAAGAAAUUGAGAAUGGCAUAUAUUCUAUUCUUACAAUCCAUCGUUGGGAGUCACUGAAUCACAUGGAUUAUCAGCUUGGCCCACUUCGAAGAGUUCAUGGAAAGUUAGCACUUAAAUCUCUCAGUUGGAUUGCUCAGCAGCAGGGUUUUGAUCAGGCUGCUUACAUUCACAUUUUCUGUUUCACAAUUCACUUACUUGCCCGGGCUCGCAUGUUCAAGCAUGCAAAAUUCAUAUUGGAGCAUACCUGUUGCCUGCCAGCUGAGUUUAUAUUCAAAAGAGGAUGCUCAAGGAUGCCUUAAAGAUAUUUAGAUUAAUGGGUUUACAAGGGAUUAAAGCUUCUGUUUACAGUUGUAAUCUUAUCCUUUCGACCAUUGCACGAGAGAAGCAGAUCAAUUUAGUCUGGUUGUUUUUCAAAGAAAUGCUAAAACAGAAAAUCCGUCCUGAUAUAUGCACAUUUAAUAUCAUUCUGAAUUCUUUUUGCUUUGAGGGAAAGCUUGAGAAAGCGGGUUAUCUAUUUAAAAAAAUAGAAGAAGUUGGCUAUAUACCGACAACUGUUACUUAUAAUGCAAUUGUCAAUUGGUUUUGCAAGAUGGGAAGGUUCAAGGCUGCUUUGCAGGUGAUUGACUGUCUGGGCAAAAAAGGCAUCAUGGCUGAUGGGAAAGUACUCACUAGUGAAAGCACAUAUAAGACUCUCAUCAGUGGAUUCUGUGAGGAAGGAAAAGUAGAUGUUGCUACUCGAAUUUUCAAUAAAAUGUUGGACCUUAAUCUUGUGCCUAGUUGUAUUAACUACAGCAUCUUGAUUGACGGGCAUUGCCGGAAUGGGAACACAGGUAGAGCUUCAAUUCUUUCGAAUGAAAUGGAAGCUGGGGGGUUUCGACCUAAUCAGAUUAGUUUUGGUGCUCUAAUAAAUGGUUAUUGCAAGGUUCUUGAAAUGGAUGCAGCAAUAAAUCUUGUGGAUGAAAUGCAAACAAGGAGUCUCCUUGUCAAGCAUGUCAUCUACACUAGUUUGAUGGAUGAGUGUCGCAGAAAGAGACAGGACUAUGAAGCAUUAAAAUUUCUUACCGAUAUGUGUGAUUCUGGAAUUACUCCUGUUGUUGUCUCAUACUCUGCAAUAAUAAAUGGUUUGUGCAAAAUGGGCAGAUUGAACCAGAUAAGGGAAAUUUUAGGUAGGAUGCAGAAAACUGGAGUUCUGCCCAACAACAUUUUAUAUGCAACGCGGAUAUACCAUAUUUGCAAGGAUGGGGAUGCCAUGGAAGCAUUGAAGUUCUACACUGAUAUAUAUUAUGUUGGUUAUUGUGCAAAUUUGAUCACUCGUAACACAUUGAUUUCUGCUCUUUGUCAAAAGUGGAUGUUGAUAGAGGCAGAGCAGUUUAUGCAACAUACGCUAAGCAUGAAAAUAGAUCCUGAUCUCAUCAGCUUCCAUCAUAUUAUUAAUGGUCACAGCAAUAAAGGUGAUCCAUUAGGAGCAUUUGCCGUGUAUGAACAAAUGAUUGAAAUGGGUCAUCAUCCUAAUAUUUAUACAUUUGGAAUUUUACUUAAAGCUCUAUGUAAUGGAGGUAAUCUGAAUGAAGCGAAGAAAUUUUUUCAUCGCAUUCUUCAAAUUCCAUUUGCCGUUGACAUAUGCACUUAUAAUAUAUUGCUCAUGGAGUUGUGCAAAUUUGGAAAAUUGGAUGAUUCUUUGAAGUUAGUUGACAAAAUGAUUGAAAAUAACAUAAUCCCUGACAUGGACACAUAUAACAUUCUUCUCAGUGGCUUCUGUAGGAAAGGGAAGAUUCUUCCCGCUAUUUAUCUGUCUGAAAAGAUGCGGACGAAGGGAUUUUUUCCCAACCUUGUCGCAUAUACUUGUUUAAUUAGUUGUUUAAUAAAAGAAGGUCAGUUGAAGGCGGCUUCAUAUUUAUUUGAAGAGAUGGUAAAGAAGGAUGGGAUACCUGCUGAUGUUGUUGUGUAUAAUACUCUCAUUGCUGGGUAUUCAAGGGUGGGUUUGAUGCAAAAGGUGGAGAAAUUGGUUUCCAUGAUGCAAAAUAAAGGUAUACAUCCAAAUCAGGCUACUUACAACAUUCUUAUUCAUGCAUAUGUGAAAAAACAAAAACUGCUGAAAUCACUUGACCUUUACAAGAACAUGAUACAGAUUGGUCUGAAUCCUGAUAAGCUGACAUAUCAUUCAAUUAUUCUUGGACUUUGUGAGUCUGGUAUGAUGGAUAUUGGAGUAAAAAUUUUGGAGAAGAUGAGGUUAGAAGGUGUUUCUCCAGAUGAUUUGAUAUUUAAUCUGCUCAUCACCAAGUACAGUGAGAAAAGUGAGAUGAAAAUUGCUUUUAAAUUAAUGAAUUGUAUGAGAAGCUUGCAGAUGUCUCCGAGCAGUGAUACUUAUGAUGCUAUUGUUAGUGGUUUGAACAGAAAAGGCUGGUUUCAAGAUUCCUAUGCGAUUUUACAAGUGAUGAUCAGAGAAGGAAUUUCUCCUAAACAUACACAUUAUAUUACCAUGAUCAAUGGAGCAUGUAGAAAUGGCGAUAUAUGGGGAGCAUUCAGAUUGAGAGAUGAGAUGGAGGCACUAGGGCUAGUGCCUCGUGAAGUGGCUGAAAGUAGUAUGGUUAGAGGGCUUUGUAAGUGUGGGAAGCUUGACGAAGCAAUGCUGGUUUUGGAUGGCAUGUUUCGGGCUGGAAUUGUUCCAACUACUGCAACUUUCACUACUAUCAUGAAUGGACUUUGCAAAGUAGCUAAACUUGAUGAUGCUUUGUAUUUAAAGAAUGUGAUGGAACAGUAUGAUCUGAAAUUAGAUGUCAUCACCUACAAUGUUCUGAUCACAGGGCUAUGCUGCAAUCGGCAUCUUGCUAAUGCGUUGGAGUUGUAUGAGGAGAUGAAACAGAAGAAAUUGUUGCCAAAUAUUGCAACUUAUGUUGUUCUCAUAGCCGCUAUCUGUAAGGAAAAUAGGGUUCAGGAGGGAGUAAUGCUUUUGAAGGAUAUAGAAGACAGAGGCUUCAUCCAUCCAGAGGAAAAUGCCAAAGACUUGCACAAGAGGUUGUCUGAUGCAUUGAGAAGAUUGAAUAUGUUAAGGAAUUGCCGGAAAAAACUGUUAUUUUCAGGCGUAGCAGUGAGUUAAAUCCAAUGCACGCUGCAGUUAUCUGCGACACAGCCAGAGCUUCACAGAUUCACCAAAAACAGGAAAAAGAAGUCAAGAAGAAGCUCUCAAACAGACCUUACCACCUACGAUGCAUUUUGAAGGAUGAAACAUACGCGUAGGUUCAUUUCAAAGGUGGAGGAAAGUUGUUCAGUUUUAACAAGGUCUUCAAGUGGCAGACUGCUUGCUCGCAAAGGCGGCCUUGAAGCUUGCUUUUGCAUGUUGUUCCCCUCAGUGAAUGUGUCCCACUUAUUCUCCCAAGCUGCUCAUUUCUCUUUGCAUCAAGAGUUAAAUUUCAGAUUUUGUGCUGAACUAGACAUUCAUUAGUUUGCAAGAGCCUGAGCUGGGUAGGGACAGGUCCCUUUGUUUGCAUAAAGGUUCCAUCAGGCAGAUCAUUUAAUUCAGUCUGAUACAAAUGCAGCAACAUUUGCCAUCUCUUUUAGCCUCGACUGAAGCAGAUAUUGUUGAGUUCCAGGAUUGAUUGCUUGCUCUGUUGAAAAUGGUUGUUAUCCAGUUGCUUCUUCAUUUUGAUUUCUUUCAAAAUUUGGGAUGCAUCACAUGAGCCUAAUGUUUGUCAAUACAUCAUAUGCCAAACUUCACUUUGCAAGUGGGAGAAUGAUCUUGGACAAAUGCAUAAAUUAGUUAAUGAUUACAAAAGUACCUUUUAACUUAAUUGUUCAAGCACAUUUGAGGGGAAUGUCAGAACAUGCUUAUUUAUUCAGGUUGUUAUUAUUUCAGUUAUAGUUUGAUUUCUGAAUUGGAAUGAAACAAAAAUAUUUGAUAGAAAUGAUACUUCUAAAUUCUACAUUCAUAUUCUUUCUAAUCUAAAUCUUCUUAACCUAUUGAGUUCAUUUUUUUUUUAAUUUAUUUUUAUUCACAUCUUAACAAAAUCACAUCAGGGGUUUGUACAGACGAAGAGUGUCUCCAUCCUGUAUGAGUUGAGUUUUAAAUCUAUUUUUUUGGCAAGAAUUUUGGUAAGAAGAGCUGAUGUUUUUGCACUGUGUGAGUUGAGUUUUAUAUUUAUUUUUUUUGGCAAGGACACGAAUAUUUUAUGCAAAUAACCGAUGUCGGUGGUCAUUGACAUUUUAUCAUAAUUAGAUUAUUAUUUUAAUUUGAUAUUUAAUUAUCUUUGUCAAAUAAAAAAUAUG